UUCGCCUUAGCAGCGCGGCAACAGUUACAAAUUUGAAAUCCCUAUUUCCCUCCACAGAUUAAACUGAAUUACAGAUCCCGUCUUCCCCAAGCACUUGCAAAAAUGGCUACCAAAACUCAAAUUCACCCUCCGAAACCCACAAAACAACCACCAAAAACUCCCAGUAAGCAAUGGUCCCUCCAGGAUUUCGAGAUCGGAAAACCCCUUGGCAAAGGCAAAUUCGGUCGUGUAUACCUUGCCCGAGAAAUCAAGAGUGGGUUUAUAGUGGCAUUGAAGGUGAUAUUCAAGGAGCAAAUAGAGAAAUACAGGUUGCAUCACCAACUGAGAAGGGAGAUGGAGAUUCAAACAAGUCUUCGCCACCCGAAUGUACUGAGGCUAUAUGGCUGGUUCCAUGACGAGGAGCGGAUUUACUUGAUUUUGGAGUACGCUCACCACGGUGAGCUCUACAGGGAGCUCAGGAAGACUGGUCGCCUGCCUGAGAAACAGGCCGCCAUGUAUAUUGCAAGUCUCACACAAGCACUGGCGUAUUGUCAUGAGAAGCAUGUCAUUCACAGGGACAUAAAGCCAGAAAACCUGUUACUUGAUCAUGAGGGCCACUUGAAGAUUGCAGACUUUGGGUGGUCUGUACAAUCUAGAAGCAAGAGACAUACAAUGUGCGGAACUCUGGAUUAUCUAGCACCAGAAAUGGUGGAGAACAAAGCUCAUGAUUAUGCAGUUGACAAUUGGACACUGGGGAUCCUUUGUUAUGAGUUUUUAUAUGGUGUGCCUCCAUUUGAGGCCGAAAAACAGACUGACACAUUCAAAAGAAUUAUGAAGGUAGACCUCAGCUUCCCUUCAACACCUGAUGUGUCUGCUGAAGCUAAGAAUCUUAUUAGCCAGCUUCUUGUGAAGGAGUCUUCAAAAAGGCUCUCUCUUCAAAAAAUCAUGGAGCACCCUUGGAUAACUAUGAAUGUCGAUCUAGCUGGAACCUGCUCAAAGUGACAUUUUCACAUACCACUCAAGAUGUAAUUCACAUGUAAUAGGAAAAAGAGUUGAAACUCCAGAAGAUUAAUAACAUUGUAGGAUUUUUAAAAAGCCCUUUUUCUUUUUUUGUUGCAUCUUUCAUUUCAUGUAACAACUUUCAAACUUUAUUACACUAAAAUAUAAAGAAGAAUAUGUAUUUUUCACCUGAA